GCUCUUCCUCCGCGCCGCCUUUUCGUCGUCGACCACGACGUGCUCUCUUCCCGCCUUCAUGGGUUUCCUGCUUCCCCGCACCCCCACCUGCAGCAGGAGCACGACCUAAACCUUGAGUCUCGGACACCCACACCUUGAAGCGGGAAAGCUUGCUGCUCGAAAUGCCCGACCCCCGCGUCCGCGCUUUGCCUCUGGAUUCCGAAGCGCAGAUCUCCCCGCGCUCCGCUGCGGGAGCCCCCCGACUAGCAGCGCGCCAGGCAGGCUCCGUCUCGCUCACUUCGACGGUAUCUUCGUAUACCAGUGGAUCUACCACGGCGAGCACUACUAGCGCGAGUGCAAGUGCGACCAGCGACACCCCGCUCUUCCCCUCUCCUACCAACGAUCCCAACGAGUGUGUAAACUGCGAAACAGACAACAGUAUAUACACCAAGAGAGCGGUCGAAGGCGCACUCAUCGUCGUAGCAGUCGCCCUCGUCCUCACUAUGCUACUAUGGAGAAUAAUCCGCCUCCGCCGAACAGACCGCCCGCUACGCGACUUUUUCCGCGCUCUGCCCGAUUCACCCCCACACCGAUCCGUCUCCCGUCCGUCGCACGUCCCGCGCACGACAGGGCUCCCACCCGGCCGCGGCCCGCCCGCGCACCUCAUCUACGACUCGCUCACGACCCCUGUUCCGCUAUUGCACCACUCCGGGCCCCGUCGUGGCCGCGGUCGCCGUACAUACGCGGGCGACAUUGGGGUCGGAGGUCGGAGGGGUGCGGUCGCGCACCCGGACGACCCGAAUGAAUACCUGCCCGAGUAUGACGACAAGGACCGACUGCCGCGGUACCAGGACUUGGAGGCGGCUGCGGCCGCCAGAAUCAUCUUAGGAGCAGAUUUGGGGAGAGUGGACGAUGCGGGGCGGAUGGUUGGGGUUGGAACGGGGUUAGGACGGAGGCCGAAUGGGGAUGCAGGGCAGAGCGACACGGACUUGUUGGUGGGAGAGCCGUUGAGUGCGGUGUCGGAAGACGAACACGCCUAUCCGCCGAUGUCGUCCACGGGCUCGCAUGAAGGACACAGUAGUAAUGUACGAUAGGCGGACUAAUCCCCUGAGUGUACGAACAUUUUCUUGUAAGCACCCCGAGGACUUGGCGUGUUGUUUGCUACUUGUGCUAUAACACUGACUUUUCCGUUUCACGACAGAUUGACAUAUCGCAUCUUGCUUUUUGUACCUCCACUCGUCGCUUGCUACUGCGCAUUGUAUGUCGUCUUUACCUUAUAUAGCGUGCUCAUUGUAUUCUAGUUAGCCUCGUCGACUUACCCGUACACACGAAAUAAGCACGCCGUUCU